GAAAAACCUCACGAAACAAGUGGGGCGUAAUGUUUCUGGUCAAUUGCAAGAGAAAAUUCCGUGUCUAGUUGCGCUGUUUCUAUGCAUCACUCUAUAUCUAGCCGCAAAGUAAUAAAUAAGCGAUUACGCUUAAUCAUACUUUAAAAAAACAGUUCAAGGUCCGUAUUUUUGAAACUAUAUAAGAUAUAUGGGAGGUGACUUAUCAGUACAGCAGAACAAUUCAAAAUGAAGCUUCUAAUACUCUUCGCUCUACUAUCUUCAUCUUUCGCAUCAUGGAAAUUUGACAUGGACCCGGAAAUACUACACGACUGGCUGGGAAUGAUGCAACCCUAUACGGAGCAAUGCCACAAAGAAACCGACGUCGAUAAGGAGAUUGUAUACAACGCGUUCAUGAAGAUGGACCUUCCGGAGGAUUACAAGGAAUUCAAUUGUUUCGCGAAGUGCAUGUACACGCGUCUCGGUUUUUACUAUCCCGAAACGGGGAAGUUUGAUAGGGAGCUGAUGGUGAAGCGAAUUAAAGGUAUGACAAAGCAUAUAGCCGAAGAUUGUUACGAGCAUAGGUAUCAUACUGAGGAAGAGGACAGGUGUAAGCAUAUGUACAAUUCCGUCGUUUGUGCGAUAAAGAAAUUGUCGAAAAUGGUGGACUGAGAUUUGUACUCACGCGAUAAAUAAAUUAUUUGUAACCAUUCAAUAAUGCGUUCAAAUUACUAAAGCAUGCUCUAGGAUUUUAUGAAAAUGCCAAACCAUUGACCAAGGAGUUAGAGCACUACAUGAUGGACUCCGUUGGAAGAUAAUUAGUGAUCUUU